GAAGCAUAUCUUAAAUGCAAUUGGGCAGAUCGUUCUUCAUCUCCUCUCCUGGCGAUGUACUUUUUCUUUUUUCUUUUUUCUUUUUUCUUUUUUUUUUAUAAUUUUCAACUUUAUCACAUUCAAACUAAUCGACCGCAAGAUAUGGGGAUGUGAUACCUGUAUCACCAUUGUUUCUAUCAAACCCCACCAUCAUUCGAAGAUUGUUUCCUUUGUUCCGUCACACCGUCAAUCGCUGCCACAAACAUCCGCACUGCAACCGCCGCGACACCACCGUAAUACUCCGCCGUGACCGUCUCGCCGCACAACCUUACCGCAAAGAGUCGUUCGCCACCGUAGCACUACCAUCGGCCGCCGCGAAUCAGUUGUGCCACCGAAAUCAUCUGCCAUCAUACCAGCUACCGUACUCCGUCGUCCUAUUUGUGCAUGUUCAGUUAUUUGCAUAUGAUACUGUCAAGAAAAGUUUGACUCCUAAACUCGGAGAAAAGUCAAAGCCCAGUAUACCCGAGUCACUAAUCGCAGGUGCUGCUGCUGGAAUUAGCUCCAUCAUAUGCACCUACCCUCUUGAAUUACUGAAAACCCGACUCACAGUCCAGGUGAGGAUGAGCAACAUGACAAGUGAAAGCGAGGAGGACAGGACAACGUCCAACAAAGCUGAUCCUGAUGAUGAAGUUAGCACUGGCACUCUGAAGAAAGGUCCAUGGACAUCUGCUGAAGAUGCAAUCUUGGUGGCUUAUGUAACCAAAAAUGGAGAAGGCAACUGGAAUACUGUUCAGAAGCAUUCUGGCCUUUCUCGUUGCGGUAAAAGCUGUCGAUUAAGGUGGGCAAACCACUUAAGACCUGAUCUUAAAAAAGGUACAAUUACACCCGAGGAGGAGCGCCGUAUCAUUGAACUCCAUGCUAAGAUGGGUAACAAAUGGGCCCGCAUGGCUGCUGAGUUACCUGGACGUACAGAUAAUGAAAUCAAGAACUUUUGGAACACAAGAACGAAAAGAAGACAGCGUGCUGGAUUACCGAUUUACCCUCAUGACAUUUGUUUGCAAACGCUAACUGACAAUGCACAAACCCAAAACACGGCCACUUUCAAUACAUCACAUGCUGAAAUCUCCCCAAAUAAUACCUUUGCAUGUCCAGCUGUCGAGUUCAAGAGGUUGGAAUUAAAUAAGGAGUUAUACAUACCAAACAUUCUUGAUCUUCCUGGAGGCGCUCUGGGAUCCAGUACGUGUAAUAGCGAUUUUCUUUUCCCGGUGCCAAAACGUGUCAGGAGAGCCGAUACUUAUCCGGUAUUUGAUGGUGACCCCGAUGAAUAUUUCUCCAUCACUUGUUCGUAUGAUCAAAACUUGAAUGCCUAUUUUAACGGCAACACUUCUUCUUCUUCUUCUGAGCCCAUUUUGUGGGCCCAGAAGUCGGAGCUCCCUUCAAUCCAGUAUUCUACCCAAAUGGGUAGUUGUUCUUCCCCACUGCCUUCACUUGAAUCUGUUGAUACGUUAAUCCAACAGUCGGUUUUAAUGGGUCAAACAAAGUCUGACAGGGACAGUGGGUUGAUAGAUGCAGUGCUGUUACAAUCCCAAAAUUUGAAUACCACCGACAGUUCGUCUCAGCCGGAUGACUGGGAAGCGUAUGGCGGGGGGGAUCCUUUGUCACCUUUGGGUCAUUCUGCAGCUUCUGUUUUGAGUGAAUAUACUCCUCAUUUAGGUGGAGGAAGCUCAACGGACGAACAUCAAUCGGUUGAGGCCAUUUCAGUUAAGCAUGAAGCAGAGGAAUUUGGUGCUAAGCAAGAGGACGAGAAACCCAACCAUUCAAGACCAGAUUUUGUUAUGGACAACUGGUUUGGUUCCAGUUCAAAUGCUGCAGAAGAAGACUAUAGUAACAGCGACCCGAUUCGUGCACUUCUUGGUGAUGAUGAUUUUGGCUGUGACAUUUCACCGUUUCACUACCAGUCUACUGGAAAAUUGGAUGACAUCUCUGAAAUUUGCAUAGGCUCGGGAAACCGUUAAAAUGUCGUAAGUCAUGUUUCAGUUUUAAAAGGACUAUUUGGUCAUGGUUUAAAAGGAGAUGUGGCCCAUUUUCAGACCAUCUUUUUCAAAUUCAACUGGACCUUUGUGAUGUGGAUGUUAAAGACUGUUUCAGCUAUAUUUCCACUAAAUAUUUGAUGAAUAAUCUGAAUGA